AUGGAAAUCAACGGUAGUGGCAUCACAUGGCCGCCAAGCCACGAUAGACCAGGCCCGGACCCCGUAGUAGACACCAGGCCGAAUAUCCGCCCGAGCCAGAUGUCGGCCACGGCCCCGGCGCGCGCGAGCAACGGCGCGGCACCCCCCCACGGAUUCCAGUUCCAGCAUUUCCCGGUGAAAUUCACGUCGUCGUUCCGGUUCCCCGACAGCAUCAAGCUGCGCAAGCGCCUGCGCAUCUGGCCGAUCCGGGCGUCGCUCGGCGUCGACCUGGACCUGCGCGCCCAGGACGUCAGGUUCCACCUCACGGUCAAGGACCAGGUGCUCGGAGGCAGGCUGACGCUGGACCGCGUGACGCAGACCGUGGAGUACUACAAGGGCUUCACGAUCCCGCAAAGCGCGAUGGAGGUGCACGUGCACGGUCGGUGCAGCUACCUCCCGGCCUUCGACCAGGGCGCCCCGCUGCGCCCGUCGCUCACCGUGGGGCUCGACUUCGCGGACGGCAUCUUCACGAUGGUGCGGAAUUCGUUCGACGUGCGCAAGAAGAUCAACCUCACGCAGAACGUGCAGCUCGAGGCGUGCGGGAACGUGCGGCUGCCGCUGCCGGUGGCGCAGUACGCGCAGGACGGGCCGGGCAGGCGGCUCGCGCUCGGCGGGCAGGACCUGCGGCUCCACAUGGACCGCCUGAACCUCAUUGUCAAGGUGUGA